UCAAGAUGUUCACUAAACAAGUUAUCAGUGCUUUAUUCGUCUGCCAAGUUAUUGCUGCCGCAGUUGCACAAACGCAGUUAGUAGCAAAUGGCGCUGUCGAUGGAUGGAAUGUCACUACCAAGACUGAUGACUAUGUCUCUGAGAACCGUCGCCAGUAUAAUGCAACACUCAAGAGUUACUUGGAUCAAAUAAACAACGUCAAAAACAGCCUGGAGAAUGAGUUAAAAGUGCUGGAAAAACAAAAGGUAUUGCUAUUGAGCGCAAUACAAGAAACGCAUGAAAAGAUCGAUCCGCUGGAAGUGCUCAGUUUACCUUCGAAGUAUUGCGUUCAAAAGUAUCGCGGUGAUAUUCCAUAUGCCGAUAUGAUCAAGGCUAAUAUUGAGAGUUGCAUUACCAAUGCGCGCAGCUACUCGAGCAGUAUUGUCAGUACGCCUAGCAGUUAUUACAAUACGUUGUAUAAUUACUAUAAUAACGACUUAAAAUCUGCUCUUACCGCUUGUGGAAAGUUAUAUAGUAAUCCUUCGUUUAAUUAUACCAUUUGUGUCACAAACGCGAUUUCCAAAGCCAACACUUAUACCAUUAAUAAUCGUAAAAAUUUCGCAACGGCUAUGCAGUCAUCAGAUUGCGGUUUGAAUAGUCGCAUCGAUAUUGCGGUAAGCUGCACCUACACCUAUUUCAGUUCGACUUGGUCGCUGAUCGGUGCAGCUACUCGAUUGAUCGAUGAAUGCAUCAAAGAUUAUCUUGAAGAUAAACCACAAUGUGUGAGUAACAACACUACGGUUGUUUCCAGCUGUCCGAACGUAAUCUAUAUGGAGGUGAAGGAUGGCGACUUCCAGAAUAGAACGAUAGCGAAUCCAUUACAAGGCCUAGCUAAAGAACAGAAUUGCUUAGAAUUGAGAUUUGUUUAAAUAGUCGAGUUCAUUCGAAACGUUAAUUAUGUAGCAGAGAAGGCAAAUAUAUGCAGCAUCAGUAUUCAAAAAAAAAGCAUAUGACGUAUUAGUGCUCCAGAAAAAUAA